AUCGACGUUCAGCAUAAAUACAUAGAUGAAUAAUAACAUUUAAAAUUAAUUUAAUAUUUUUUAUAAAUUUUUUGACUAUUUUACAUUCCUGAAACCUUAAUUAAGAUUUAUACACGUGGCCUUAUUAGUAUCUAGUAUCAGAGUUAAUUGAAAGAAUUUAUCCGAAACAUUGAAAACAACGAAUAUUUGAAUUAAUUUAAUUGAAAGACCCCACCCCUAUUAUUCAAAGCAUAAUUCAAAAUACUUAAAAAUGAAUUACGGAAGAAAAACCCCAUCAACCUAUCGAUCAAAUCCAUCAGUUCAUUCACAUGCAACUACUGGAAGAUCUGUCAUUUCGAGAUCAACAAGAUCCCUUAAAAUUCCAUGGUACCAACGUGCAUACGUUAAGAACAACCAAUAUUUCAACAUUCAGAAAGGUUCAAUCAUUAUGGGGAUUGUAGCUGCAUUCGUCUCGUUGUUUACAAUUGGAACUGGAAUAUUUGACUUGUACUGCUACUCAAUGGCUGCUCCUGGAUCAACUCAUUAUGGAUACUACAUUAUAUCCUAUGAGUUUGUUUAUGUUGGAAACAUGCAUGUUAGAAAUGUUCUAGUGAUUUUCGCACUCUUCUCAGCUCUCAUUGCUUGUGUCACAUUCGUAACGAGUUGUAUGCUUGUUGCUGCUUUGAGAAAGACACCAAAACUCGACCGUAGAAAUGUGUCGAAACGAAAGGAACAUGAACAGAGAAUUAUGCCUUGGUUAUGGAGUUUCGGAGUAUUUAUUGCAUUUCGAUUUGUGGCAUUUUUAUUCUUCGCCAUCGUUAAUGACUUGUACUUCUUCUAUAAUAUCUUCAUGACCAUUUUAUGGAUUAUGUUGAUAUCAAUUUCAUUGUAUGGAUGGUUGACAGUCUAUUCAGUUUUCAUUGAACUUGCUGAUUUGACAAAACUUGAGGAUCUUGCACAUUUGAGAAUUGGUACAAUGCAAUCAUUAAAUGCAUCAGCAGUCCAAUCAUUAGCUGGAUCGAGACCGACAACACCGCAUUCGUCAAACAUGUCGACAAUGCCGGCUACAUCUAUACAUUAAUACGAUUGUAAGGGGGAGUUAUUCAUUGGUGAAGUCAAGUCGUUUUUAAAUGAAGUUCAUUAACAAAUUUGAUUUUUUUAAACAAAAUUUUUAACACAAAAGAAAAGAUAUGAAAAUUUUGAUGAGUUAAGCAGUUAUGGAUCACAGGGUGGUGGACCUUAUUUUCCUUUCAAUAAUAGGAUUAUCAUUUAUGAACGACCCAUAUCCAUCUAAAAUGAAAUAAUGAUGUUCAAACCAGAAUGAACCACCUCUCCCAAAUAGAAUUAAGGCACAAAAGUUUAAUGCCGCACAUUAGUUUCUCGUCUGUUAUAAUUUUCAACAAUUAUCAUUUAAAAUUUAUUAUGCGAGUCUCGGUAUUAAAUAAGAAAGUUUUUUUAAAAAAGAAUUCCAUUCCGUCCUAGAAUAUUUUUGAUACAAAAAUAAUAGUUUUUAGGCAAUGCCGUCCAUUCAUAAUACUAGAAAAGUAUUUAAUUAAUAAGAAUCUCAAAUAUUUGAUAAAAAGAAUGUUCAAGCAACAUUUAUCAUUAACAGAAUAAAGCAAAAACUUUAUAGCCUUACAAAUAAAG